GGGCAGGCCCCACGCCCAUUCUUACUCGAUUGAAAACUCACGCGUUACAAAUUAUUUACACUAUUAUAAUGGGAUGACAUGAACAAAACCUCCCCUAUGCCUAGACUCGCGCGGAGGAAACAUGAGCUUGCAAUGAGAGGUAUGCUUUGGAAAACCAUGGAUGGAUAUUACGAUAACGAUGAGCCAUUCAUAUAUCGGCUUAAUGAUAAUGGUUCGGGACCUAGUCUUCUUAUAAAGGUAUGUGCUGAGCGCGGCUGGCGCAUGUACCAGGGGUACAGCAGCAGCGAGGAGAGAUGGAACCUUUGGUGGCGAACGAGUUCUUUCCCAGCUGGUUGCUACAAGACGCUGGGCGAUUGGCAGUUUAUGAAUCACAUACCAAAAGGAGGAUCAAUAUGUCGUAAAGACGGUCUCUCAAGACUGCUGCGGUGUAUGCGACGAGUCUACGGCUCCAUAUACGACUUCAGCCCCCCCUGUUUCCACUUGCCCCUGGAGUACGCCAAGUUGGUGUCGGAAUGCUCCCGCCUCCGCCGCACCGAGGAGGACUCUGGCUCCAACGUGGUCUGGAUCCACAAGCCGGUUGCGCAAAGCCAGGGUCGGGGAAUUUUUCUCUUCAGGAGCAUCUGCGAAAUGCGUUGUGGGAGUUCCGCAGUGGUCCAGCGGUACAUAGAGCGGCCGCUGCUCAUAGCGGGGUACAAGUUCGAUCUCAGGCUGUAUGUGUGCGUGCCCGGGUACCGUCCGCUUACUGCCUAUCUCUAUGCUGAGGGACUGGCCAGAUUUGGGACGGAUAAAUACACACUGUCGGAUAUUCACAACCCAUACAGACAUCUGACAAAUUCGUCUCUGAAUAAAAGUGGGCCAAGAUACGCUGAAUGCAAGGACAGAAUAGGAAGCGGAUGUAAAUGGACCCUGAAGCAAGUUAGAAGAGCGUUAACUGGUCGGUGGGGCGCAGCGGAAUGGCUGGUCUGGCAGCGGAUCAGAGCUUUGGUGACUCUGACCCUGCUGGCCCAGGCCACGGGCACCCCUCCGGCGAGGAACUGCUUCGAAUUCUACGGGUUCGAUGUCCUGCUCGAUGACUGUUUGAAGCCAUGGUUGCUUGAGGUGAACCUGUCUCCAGCUUUGGCUGCGGACUGCGAAGCUGAUGUGACCGUGAAGCAACCCAUGCUGCACGAGCUGUUUGACCUCCUCGGGCUUCCGAUGAGGCAUACGGGACUCGCCCUGCUGCGGGGGCAAAACCCUGCAAGAGGCAAUAGUUUCAGUUCCGAAGACGAGAGUGGCGUGCCUCGUGCUCCCCCUCCCCCGCCGAAGUCGGGCAGCAGGUCUGCGUCCAGGACCGCUGGCGGACGCCGUAGACGUAGGCCCAUGCCAAUACACUGCGUCACUAUACAACCACCCAUGCCUGAUGAUACGGAAACAACUGAAGAUAGCAAAGAAGAUAAUACCGAAUCAAAAACCUGUGCAGAAAUACCAUAUGGCUCCGAUGUCCAGUCAGUUCAGUCGACAUCAAGCGUUGUUACACCUCCGUCGGAGCCUGUAGACGAGCCGUGGCGCGGCGGGUACUCUUCAGCGGCGUCGCGCAGGAGAAUGAUGAGUGCCUGUUCCUGGGGCAACGGCGUGCAGUGGAACAAGGCCGUCGGACGCGUAGGCCAAUGGGUGCGGAUAUACCCUCACACACUACCUAAUGAGGACCAGAUACCAGUAGACGUUCGCGAAAGUGUAGCGCAAAUUUCGAAAUACCUUCGAGCGGCAAGGGAGGUGGUCCGCGAGGGCGGCCGGGAUUUAAAGGGACCACGCGACGCCGGCCGUGACAUAGCUUUUGAAGCGGCUCUGCGCAAGAAACUUGAUUUUGGGCAAGAUAUCGAAGUCUGGCUGCCACCCUUCUGA